UUCAUUUUUUUUUAGUAAAAAAAUAUCAAGAUACUAUUGCCUGAGAAUAAUUUCCACUCUGCAUCUAUGUACUCAAUCUCAACUUGGCGUCUAUAAACUUUGAUCAUGACACGAGUUUGUUUAAUAGGUUUCCAAGCCUACAACGCAGUUAAACGGUUUGUCAACUCGAUCACACUUACGUCUUUACGAAGAAUUAGAUUCACUUUUAAUUUAUUCACAAAUGUCCAGUAUAAACUCCACAACUUUCCUCACUUCCAGCUCCUUGCAAAAACUGAGCUAAAACACCCACUUGAUUUGGUCCUCCUCCAUCCCACGACAAACAGAGGAGCCACCUUUUCCUUCCCCUCAAGCUUUGAUUUCAUUUGAGAUUUCGUCCCAAGAAGGGAAUCAAGUCAAUGCUGAUGCCUGGUGUUUUUGGAAAGAUGGUUUGGUGAAGCAUUAGCUUAAAAGUAAUAUCUUUUUUCUUUUUUCUCCUCUGUAUUAUCUGUUAUUGCGAUGAAUGACAAGAUGGCAAAUGGGAUUGGGACUCAUGAGGGGGUGCCCGAGAAUAUGAGGAAGCAGCUUGCUGUUGCUGUGAGGAGUAUCCAGUGGAGCUAUGCUAUUUUCUGGUCACUGUCAACCACCCGGCAAGGGGUUCUCCAAUGGGGAGAUGGGUUCUACAAUGGAGACAUUAAGACGAGGAAGACAGUCCAAGAAGGAGAACUUAUCUCUGAUAAGUUCGGGUUGCAGAGGAGUGAGCAAUUAAGGCAGCUCUAUAUAGCCUUACAGGAAGGAGAAAGCGAAAAUCAACAGUCUAAGAGGCCUUCUGCCUCUUUGUCUCCGGAGGACCUCACGGAUGAGGAGUGGUACUACUUAGUUUGCAUGUCCUUUGUGUUUAAUCCUGGUGAAGGUUUGGCCGGAAGAGCAUUAGCAAAUGGCAAUACAAUUUGGUUGUGCAAUGCUCAGCAUGCAGACAGCAAAGUCUUUCCUCGUUCACUACUUGCAAAGAGUGCAUCUAUUCAGACAGUGGUAUGCUUCCCCUAUCUUGGAGGUGUGAUCGAGCUUGGAGUGACUGAACUGGUACAAGAGGACCCAAGUCUCCUUCAACACAUCAAAGUAGCUCUCCUCAAUUUCUCCAAGCCCUUAUGUUCUGAUAAAUCGUCCUUAGUUCCACAAAAUGGUGAUCAUGAAAGGGAUCCUAUGACAAUGAAGAUCGACGACAAUAUUGUGGACAACUUGGUAUUUGAGAAUCUGUUCUCGUCCACAGAAAGAAUUGACAUCGAAGAAAGGCCAACUGAGCCAAACGGGAAUGUCCAAAUGGAGCUUACUGCAGAUUCACCUGACGAGUGCUCUAAUGGUUGUGAACACAAUCAUGAGACAGAAGACUCCUUCAUGGUCGAAGGCAUCAAUGGUGAGAGUUGGCAUUUCUUCGAAGAUGACUUCAGUAAUGGGUUCCAAUGUUCAAUGAACUCAAGUGAUUGUAUAUCGGAAGCAAUAGUGAACCCAGAGAAUACAAAUCUCGAGAGCUCCAAGAGCCUUCACCUGAAAGAACUUCAAGAGUGCAACCACUCGAAACUUAGCUCCCUUGAUCUCGGACAUGAUGGUGAUGUUUCACACUACCAGAAAACUAUUUCUACCAUUAUAAGAAAUUCUCAACCAUCCAAUGAGACACAGAUUCUUCGAAGAUGUUGUGGAUGCAAAUCUAGCUUUGCGAGCUGGAAGAUGUUUGAAGGACAUAGAUUCCCGCAGGAACAGCAGAAAAUACUGAAAGGGAUAUUAUUUAAGGUUCCUCUGAUGUAUGAACAUUCUCUGUCGAAGAACCAACAAGAACAGAGUGCAAGAGGUUGUGUUCUGUCGGUAAAGAGAAAAGAGAACGAAAAGUUUCUUCUUCUCAGGUCUAUGGUUCCUUCAAUCAAUGAGGUGGAUAAAGCAUCGAUCCUUAAUGAUACGAUAUUGUAUUUAAAGGAGCUCGAGACAAGAGUUGAGGAGUUGGAAUCUUGUAUGGACUCAACUGACUUUAAAGGAAGACCUGCAAGAAGGAAGUUCCCUGAUUUGGGUGAGCAGAUAUCUGAUAACUACGAGAAUAGGAAGUUCAGUGACGGGAAGAAACAAUCUUUGAUUACCAAGAGGAAGGCUUCCGAUAUCGAUGAGACAGAAAACCCAGAGUUCAACAGGGCCCUUCCAACAGAAGGUCAACCAUUGGAUCUGAAAGUCCACAUUAAGGAUAGGGAAGUUCACAUCGAGAUGAGAUGUCCUUAUAGAGAGUAUUUACUGCUCGAUAUCAUGGAAGUUAUAAAUAAUCUCCACUUAGAUGCGCACUCCAUUCAAUCAUCUACAAGCGAUGGGGUUCUAACAUUGACUCUCGAGUCUAAGUUUCGGGGAGCAGCAAUAUCGCCUGCUGGGAUGAUUAAACAAGCUCUUCGGAAAAUCAUGGGCAGCUGCUGAGGGGCCAGGAUUUGGAGGCAACUAUCUUUGGAAUUUCUGGUUCUGUAUCCUGACUUACCUAUCUUCGCUUGUGAUGAAGAGUACGUGGUAAGGUGGAACAGUUUCUUUGUUGUUUAAUUCCUGUCGGAUGUUAAACCUAGUGUAGUGUUACAUUGUGUAGGAAUCCUUCUCGGUAAUGAAUUGAAUCCUUCUCUGUAGUAGUUGAGCUGUAGUUGUGCAUGAAUCUCAUUACUAUGUAUUGUUUGAUUCAAAUGGAUGAGUUUUUUUUUCUCUGUAA